AUGGAUAGGAAAUCUGGGAAGGUGAUGGAUAGGGGGGAGAUCAUGCCCUCUCUGGGCAAGUUCCAGGGCAGGGAGAGAGAGUUGGUUUGUGCUCUUUCUCACCACCGUGAGAUCCUGAGGAGGGAAACCACCUUCCUGAGGAAGGAGAUUACCUCCUGGGGAUUGGCGACGAUCUCUCGAAGAGUGGAUUAUGUAAAGUGUCGUUCGGAAGGAAUACGCGCACCUCCGCAUAUAGUCCAUGGGUUGUCUCAGCUGUCCGGCCAAAGGAUGGACUUGCGUUUCUCCGACCUGCUUGAGGUGUCUUUGCCCUACCUGGUUAGCAACCGUGACGAGGUCCUAGAUUUUAUAUUGCAUGAUUUGGAAAAUAUGUGCUACCGGAUCAAGUCUUUUGCAACAAUUCUGAAGGAAUUCAGCAUCGCCAUCCCCUUGGAGAAGAUUCAGUUGUUCCUUCUCAUGGCCCGAUCAUUUCUCAGAAUAUCAGAUGCUAUUAGUUAUGGUCGCUCAAAUCAGAGUUCUUAUGAAGAGCACCGUAUGGGCUGGACAUCUUCAUGGGGCAGUGGGAUAGACAAGUGUGGUGGCUUCGACGAUAUAACCACAUUGAGUCCUAUGCUCUUCACGCACUGUACACCUCGUAUCUUCCCAUACGGUUCUGCUGUUGGAACUGUCUUACAGAUAUACUCAUUCAAGAUUGUUGGCCUGAAAGGUCAAGGGCUAACUGCCAGGAACUAAAUGAACAUAACCCCUUUUUGUGCUUGACUGGUCUGUCUCGUG